AUGAAGCACGAGGAGCUUGACGCCAUCUCCGCCAAGUUGGCUGGUGACUUUCGCACCAUUGAGCCUUUCCUGAGGGACUUGGACAAGCAUCUGACGCUGCGAUCCUACCUCGAGGGCUACACUCUUGGAGACCUCGAGACCAAGAUCUGGCAGACUCUCCGAGCCAACAAGGUCGCCAUUGGCUUCAUCCGCAAGAAUGGCCUCCCUAACCUGACACGAUGGUUCACUUUCAUUGAGCAGUCUCACCCUGAGAUCCAGGAGGCUACCAAGGCCGAUGCCGCUGUCAAGGCCACCAAGGGCGGUGCCAACUACAAUCUUGCCCUCCAAGAUACCGACAAGGGCGUCGUUACUCGAUUCCUGCCCGAGCCUUCAGGCUACCUUCACAUUGGACACGCCAAGGCUGCUCUUCUCAGCGACUACUUCGGUCAUGUUGCCUACAAGGGCCAGAUGCGCCUCCGACUCGACGACACCAACCCUGCCAAGGAGAAGGAAGAGUUCCAGGAUGCAAUCGUGGAAGAUCUCGCUCUUAUGGGCAUUAAGCCUGACAGCUUGACCUACACCUCUGACUACUUCGAUUACCUGUAUGAGAUGUGCAAGAAGCUGAUCUCUCUGGGCCAAGCCUAUGCCGAUGAUACCGACCAGGAGACUAUGCGUGCUCAGCGAAUGGAUGGCAUCCCUUCAAAGCGCCGUGAGCGAACCGUCGAGGAGACCCUGCGAAUUUUCGAGGAGAUGAAGAUUGCAUCCCCGGAGGGUCUUGCACACUGCAUUCGUGCCAAGAUCUCCUUUGACAACCCCAACAAGGCCAUGCGCGACCCCGUCAUCUACCGAUGCAACGUCGAAAAUAUUCACCACCGCACUGGCAACAAGUGGAAGAUGUACCCCAUGUACGACUUUGCCUGCCCUGUUGUCGACAGCCACGAGGGUGUCACUCACGCUCUGAGAUCCACCGAGUACACCGACCGAAACCCCCAGUACCAGUGGUUCAUUGAUACCCUUCAACUGCGCCAGGUUCACAUGUGGGACUUCUCCAGAAUCAACUUUGUCAAGACUUUCCUGUCCAAGCGUAAGCUGGCGAAGCUGGUUGACGCUGGAAAGGUCUGGGGCUGGGAUGACCCCAGAAUGCCCACCAUUCGCGGUAUCCGACGACGAGGAAUGACCAUCGAAGCGCUCCGUGAUUUCAUCAUCAAGCAGGGCCCUAGCCGAAACGUGGUCAACAUGGACUGGACCACCUUCUGGGCUAACAACAAGAAGGUUAUCGACCCUGUCGUUCCCCGAUUCACGGCCCUUCUGCUCAAGGACCUGGCCAAGGCUUCCGUGAUGGGAUCGGAGGCCCCCGCCAGCGUUACCGUGGAGGAGCGGCCUAAACACCCCAAGAACGCAAGCGUUGGCCUGAAGAAGGUCAUCUUCUCACCUACUCUUCACAUUGACCAGGCCGAUGCCAAGAGCUUCAAGGCCGACGAGGAGAUCACUCUGAUGGGCUGGGGCAAUGCCUUUGUUCGAGACAUCUCCACCUCAGAUGACCCCAUCACAUCUUUCAAGCUCGAGCUCAACCUGAAGGGUGACUUCAAGACCACUGAGAAGAAGGUUACCUGGCUUUCUGCUGAAGGCUUCAAGCUGGUCCCUGCUGAGCUAUGGGAGUUUGACUACCUCAUCACCAAGGACAAGCUUGAGGAAGACGACAACUUCGAGGACUUCUUGAACCCCAACACGGCCAGCAUGGAGGAUGCCGUCUGCGAUGCCGGUGUUGGCGAGCUGAAGAAGGAUGACAUUAUCCAGCUCGAGCGAAGAGGAUUCUACAGAGUAGACAAGGGUCUGAAUGACUGGGCUGAUGGCGAGGCCGGAUUGAAGGGACCCAGAGUGGUCUUGUUUAGCAUCCCCACCGGAAAGACUGGUCCUAAAUAA